AUCCACACCAGCAUCGAAUGGGUAGCGUUGGGAUAGGCCAUAACAACCACCCAGCAAGGCGUUGUGCUACUAUGUGGGGAAAUACCGAAUCGAACCGAGAGUAAAAGAAAAAAACCGUUCUUGUUUAGUUUUCAGUCGAGCUAGAUGCCGAAAAUAUCCGGCCGAAAGUCGACGCAAGUGGAAACGCUCGCGCACUGGAGAUCAAAUGUGGACGCUGACGUCGAGCCGUGCGUAAUGAGCAGAGUUGGAAAAAGAAGGUGUUGAGCCGCAUUUCUUCUUCUUCUUCUUCUUCCUUUUCCUUCUGUCUGCCAGGGACAAGUUGGGCUCGAGACGGGACUCACACGGCGAGGGGAGCCCGGGAGCAGCCGCGGCCUCCGAGCUCUCCACUCUCUGGCAUGGCAGGCUGGGCCUGGGGCUCUGAGGAUGCUUCAGUGGAUCAGUGCCUGACCCUCCACUAAAGGAAUCGAGAGGAAUACGUUGUCUGAGCAGAAUGACUCAGCAAGAGGGGGGACCCCCACAUAGCAAGUGAAGAGAAGUGAGGAUGGGUGCCAAUGGGUCCAGCUAUCCACACUCAUGCUCCCCACGCACAGGGGGGAAUGCACAGGCACAGCAGACAUUCAUAGGGACCUCAUCCUACUCUCAGCAGGGGUAUGGCUGGGAGUCCAAGCUAUACAGCCUGGAGCACGGCCAUGAGCGGCCCGCGGACAGGAAGAAGAAGAGCCUUGGUCUAGCAACCCUUAAACGGAGGUUCAUCAAAAGGAGGAAGUCCAGCCGCUCAGCAGAUCAUGCGCGGCAGAUGCGGGAACUUUUGUCAGGAUGGGACGUCCGUGACACAAAGGCCCUGGUGGAGGAGUAUGAGGGCACAGCAGCCCUCAAGGAGCUGAGCUUCCAGGCCAGCCUGGCACGUGCCGAGGCCCCCAACUUGCAGCGGGAUCUCGCUGCCCUCUACCAGCACAAGUACUGCACAGAUGUGGACCUCAUCUUCCAAGGUACUUGCUUCCCAGCUCACAGGGCCAUCCUGGCCGCCCGCUGCCCCUUUUUCAAGUCUCUGCUGUCCUCUUCCCCUGGCUACGGAGCAGAGGUUCUCAUGGAUGUUGAGACAGCUGGCAUUGAUGUGCCGAUGUUCUCCGCCCUGCUUCAUUACCUGUACACUGGGGAGUUUGGGGUGGGCGGAGCAGAGGAUACCAGGCUUCAGAAUGUGGAUGUGCUGGUGCAGCUCAGCGAGGAGUUCGGUACGCCCAAUUCACUGGAGGCUGAUAUGAAGGGCUUGUUUGACUACAUGUGUUACUAUGAUGCUCUGCUCAGCUUCUCCUCAGACUCUGAGAUGGUGGAGAGCUGUAAUGAGAGAGGGGCUGUGGCUGCUGCACCAACAGGGGGCUCAGCAGGCAAUGGGGGGCCCAGGACCCCGGAUGAGGACCUUAGGGCACACAAGGCAAUCCUUUCGGCACGCUCCCCUUUCUUUAGAAACCUUUUGCAGAGACGCAUCCGCACAGGAGAGGAAAUGACAGAGCGCACAUUACAGACACCCACCCGCAUAGUGCUGGACGAGUCCAUCAUCCCACGGAAAUAUGUGCAGGUUAUUCUCCACUGCAUGUACACAGACGUGGUGGAGCUUGGCUUAGUGCUGCGGGGCAGCCCCUCAGCAAGUAGCCUUGGGGAGGUGCAAGCCCUUGUAUCCGGAGGCCGUGGGGCCAGCACACGCACCGAGGAGGCCAUGGAGCUGUACCACAUCGCUCUGUUCUUGGAGUUCAGUAUGCUGGCUCAAGGUUGUGAGGACAUAGUCGUGGAAAGCUUGUCUCUGGACUCACUCGUCCCCAUCCUGAAGUGGAGCUCCCAACCGUACGGCUCCAAAUGGGUCCACAGGCAGGCCAUGCACUUCCUCUGUGAAGAGUUCAGUCAGGUUGUCUCUUCGGAUGUACUCUACGAGCUCAGUAAAGAGCACCUUCUCAGUGCAAUUCAGUCUGACUACCUGCAGGCGAGUGAACAGGACAUUCUGAAGUAUGUUGUUAAGUGGGGCGAGCAGCAGCUUAUUAAGAGGAUGGCAGACAGGGAGCCCAACCUGUUGAGCGGCACAGCUCACAGCGUAAACAAGAGGGGAGUGAAGAGAAGAGACCUGGAUGUGGAGGAGCUAAGAGAGAUCCUGUCUCCCCUGCUGCCCUUCAUCCGAACUGAGCACAUCUUACCUCCGAACAGUGACGUCCUUGCUGAUGCGCUUAAAAGAGGGUUGAUAAGCACCCCUCCCUCAGACAUGCUGCCCAUGGCUGAGGGGGGAAAAGCCAAUGCCUGGUUACGGCAGAAGAACGCCGGCAUCUAUGUGCGUCCCCGCCUCUUCUCUCCUUAUUUGGAGGAGGCUAAGUCUGUACUCGAUGAAAUAAUGGUGGAGCAGACAGACCUGGUGCGCUUGCGACUAGUGCGCAUGUCCAAUGUCCCAGACACACUCUACAUGGUCAACAAUGCUGUGCCUCAGUGCUGUCACAUGAUCAACCACCAGCAAAUGGCAGGGAAUUCAACAACUGCUCCGUCGGUUGUGGCCAAUGAGAUUCCAGUGCCUCAGCUGUCCGUGGUGAAGGAGAUGAUCCGGAGGCUGCUGGAGCUGCGGCACACAGAGCAGGUCCAGAGAGCAUACGCCCUCAACUGUGGUGAAGGAGCGACCGUCAGCUAUGAGCUGCAGCUGCGGGUGCUCAGGGAGUUUGGUCUGGCAGACGGAGCCACUGAGUUACUGCAGAACCCGUACAAGUUCUUCCCUGACGAACGGUUUGGUGACGAGAGUCCAAUUCUUGCUCUGCGCCAGGUGGGUCGUUGUCGGGUAAACAGCAGCCCAGCCAUGGAUAGCAUGUUCACAGAGCUGGAAGGGGUAGCUGGCUUCCACCCACCCUUACCUCCUCCACCUCCCCCGUACCACCCCCCUGCCACACCCAGCCAUGCUCAGCUCAAGGGUGCUUGGCGACCCCGUGUGCCCAUGCCGACCCCCACCCGUUCCUUCUCCUAUCCCUGCAACCGCACCCUGAUACAACGCCAUGCAGCCGCCAAGCAUGGCAGCUCAGAGUACUCCUCUGUGCCCAGGCCCCAGCCCACAGACUGCACCAACCCGCAGGCCAUGGGCCGAGCUUUGCUUUCAGACCAGCAAGUGGUGAGUAUGAGCAUGGAGCCUGUUAUGAGGGAGUUCAUGCCCGACAUUGCGCUGGGUGUCUCAGUCAUGUCCCUGAGGGAACAGCACAUGGUAGAGAUGGACAGAGAUGGCCCUCACAGCCCCAUGGGCCCUUCAGGCCACCAUCUGCCCCAUGGGCCCUGCCCUUCUGUCCGCCUCAGCCACGGCCACGGUCCUGGACACGGCCACACCUGCAAGAGACAUGCUCCUGAACCCAAGCUGGAGGCUCAAGCAGAGUUCCCUGACCUGUACGACUUUUCCUGCCGACCUGCAACCCCGACCUCCAGUCACCCUCUGCCCUCCUUUGCAGGACCAGACCUCUACAGCCACAGCUGCAACCCCUCCAGCUCCUAUCCAGCCCCUUACAUUUCUGACUCUCAGCCCCAAGGCCACAUGCAAGGACGGACGGCCCCAGACCCUCUACGUCUGGAUGUCCUCAGUAUGACUUCUCAGAGGCAUGAUGGAGUCCUUGUCAGUCCUUCUGGGGCCCAGCCUAGGAUGGGACAUAUCCCAAGGGGGCGAUCAAAUGAGACAGACCUGACUCAUGGCUUAGGCCAUUUACGGUCCCCCAGUGGAAACAUGGACAGCUAUGAGGAGAGGCACAUAGGACCUAGAGAUGCCCCAGAGGACAUGGUUUUAUCUGGAGAAUCAUCAGGCCCGAGCCCCCUCCAGCAGCCUCACAGGAACAGUGUCACGGACGAGAUCGCCAGAGACCGCAGGUCACCCAGCAAGCCUGACUACCCUUAUAAGAAAUCUGCACUUUAACCCCAGUUGAGGGCCAGGGGUUGAGUUGAGAAAAGGGAAAAAAGUGAUGAGUGGCUGUCCAUCAUUAUGGACGGCAAAGCACUAAAUGUGUGCCUGCAUAUACUGUGUGUGUGUGUGUGUGUGUGUGUGUGUGUGUGUGUGUGUGUGUGUGUGUGUGUGUGUGUGUGUGUGUGUGUGUGUGUGUGUGUGUGUGUGUGUGUGUGUGUGUGUGUGUGUGUGUGUGUGUGUGUGUGUGUGACAGGAACAAGGUCAAUGGUUGCUAUUUAUAGGAUCCUUUCUUUUGUCCUACCUCGAUCACACUGUGCCAUCCAUCACACAGUCAGAGUAUGGAAGGAGUAAGAGCUGUAAGUUAACUGUCAAUGCUUGUAAAUGAUCUCGGCAAGCUUCCCUAGUCCUGCUGGUUUAGUGGAUGAUUCGGGCUCUACUGGGAUGGAUUGAUCUCUUUGAGUUGGAUUGUAAAGCAAGUUUGGCUCUGUACUGUGUGAAUCCUGCAUGAGGAGGUCACAACACUAGAUGUAGCUCAGUUAUGAACCAAUGGUUAAACAAAGACCGCAUUCAUUAGCUCUGCUGUCUCUUGAUUAUUUUCAGCACAGAAUGGGGAGAUGGCUGGAUUGGAAUCUCCGUUUACACAAGCGAACAAUGGCACACAGUCUAGGACAGAGUAUAAUGAUAAAACGAUAUGUAAAUACGUUUCUGGCUGUACUCUUUUCCUCCCAUGACUUGUAUUUCCAUUCCUUCCUGUAGCAUGCCUAUAGCAACCCACCUGACUAGUUUUCCCCUCCUGGCCAUGGUUCUGCAGUGCUGAUGAGUAAUGGGCCGAGGCUUGGUCACACAAAGCAGGAAUUGGAUCCGACAGGAAGUAGGUCAUCAGAGCUCGUCAUUCUCCAGUAACCCUGUCUGAUAAUUGUGUCAGGCUUCAACUAUCACAGCCUCUCGGUGUCUAGCUUAGAGGCAGAAGCCCUGUGUUUUUUUCUGAGUGAGGGAGGGGGGCGGAUGGGUUCAUUACUGAGAUACAGUAGAAAAUAUUGGGGUGCCAUGGCAACUGACGCACAGUUAUCAAACGGCGUAUCGGGGGAUUUGUCGGUUCUGCAGCUGGAACAGGUGAUUGUGCGUGUGUGUGCGUGUGCGAGGAUAACUUUAAUACACAGGUGUUUAAGACAAUCUCAGUAAUGUACACUCCCAACUUUAGUCAGGUCUGUUUGUACAUAUCAGAGAGUCUGAGAUGAUUAACCAGUCUUGAGCACAGAGUGGUGGUCAGUGUGCAAGAGCUCCCUCUGGUUCUGUUUAACCCAAUAGGAUGGGGUAAUCGAAUCAAAAGCCUUAACCAGUGCGUGUUUCAGCUACCUUGAGUCAACUAAGUAUGAUGUCAUUAUAUCGCAGCCCCUGUUAACUGCUCGUUUGACUGUUCUGUUCACUGCGGACACGUUCACUGCAGCUGAUCUUGGGUGGUGGAGGUAGAUUUAACUAAAUCCAAAUGCGAAAAAAACAUGUAUACACACACACACACACUCCAGGCCUCCCAUCUCAUCGCCUCAUGGGAGGUUGUGGACCAGCACGGUCAGUGUUGAUGCUAUUAAAUAUACUGUUAAAGAGCCACAGCAGCUGUAGCUCCACAACCCUGCAAGUACACACAUAAAAGCCUGUUACAGCCAACAGCUGGCACACAACCUCACAUACGCGCAAAUCGUUGCACUGUAGGAGCCACCUGUUUAUUAGCUGAAGGGAAAAGGAACAAAUGAAUUUCGAACAAAAAAGGAAUCUUAUAUUGAAGAAAAGUUUUGGCGAUUGCAGGCUCACAUCUCCAAUAGAAAUUGUAUAUAAUGAAUUUGAGUUUCACAUGUUCUGAUGAAUUUUUAAUGGUUUCUAUCACAUUUUAGUGGUCGUCGAAGGUUUGUGUUUUUACUGUAGUGGACAACACUGUGUACUUGUCUCUGUCAUGAAAUCUCACUCAGAAUGUGUGGUAUAAAACAAAAGGAUUGUGUCUCAAACUAUUCCGUUCUUAAAUGUUGCGCAUUUAGAGAAGUCUGUUCAAUAUUGUAGGUGGUGUGGAUUACCAUGUUGUAGAGGGGUUUUUUUUCUUCUUUUUUUUCUUCCCUUGUUUCCCUUGACUUUAAAAGUAACAGGAAUAUGUAGAGGAUCUGAGGAUAUUAGCACUCUGCUUAGCAGUGAAGAAGUUGCCAAGCAGAAAAAUUAUUUUUCCAUCUUGGUUGCUUCAUUGGGAAAAAAUGCAAAACUCCAAGAUUCCUCCCCAUGUUCAUGUUGGGUAGUUGUUUUAUUUUCCAGGACAAUGUUCCAUUGGAUAAAAGUCCUUGUUUUGCUCUUUGCUGUAGAAAAGUCAGUGCCUUCCCCGCCUGUGGCUGGGCUUUUAUUGGAGAAGUGACUUUGAUGUCUAUGCAAGCCCUUUUCUACCAGCUUACCAGCCUGCAUCAAAUAGUUCUUUGAAAUCUCAUGUAGCUCGUUUUGUGUACAGUGUUAUUUAGCACCUUUUGGAAAUUGAACCAUCUUUAAUGUGUGAUUGCUUGUGUUGAAUUAUAACAGGUACAUUGUACUUGUAUGGUAUCUUAUAAAACAUGUUUGUAGAUUAAUAUUAAGUUGCAUUUAGUUUCACUGAAUCUAUUUUUCUACUGUCGCCUCAAACGGUGCAUAACAGUGGUCAACUUGGGCAUCCUCAAAAUAAACUGGUUUGAUAUUAAGGAA